AUGGUAAUAAUUAAAAUGAAAAAACAAUACCGAAAACUAACCGACAAAUCCAUCGUUAAAUUAUGUGAAGUUUGCGGAGAGACGGCUAAUGGAAUACAAGUGUGCUUUCAAACAGAAUUGUCUCAUAAAUGUGUCGACGAGAAGAUAUUGCCGGAGAUGUCGACUCAAAAAGAAUGGAUUCUGUCUGAAGAGCAAAGAAUGCGGAGAAAACCACUAAAAAAUAACCGCAAAAACAGGUCAACAAAUGAUAAUGAGAUUAAUUUUAUGACCGAUUUUUCGAGUGAAGAACAAGAGGUCAAUGAAAAUGCGGACAACGAUGUGUUGGACAAAGUGUUUGCCGACAAUAGUAUAAGCGAUGAGGAGAUUAAUACACAAAUCAAGGAAAUCGAGAACUGUAUCGAAGACAACGCAUACGAGAUGUCUGUGAUAUCCGUCGGUCGACCCAUCGAUAACUACAGCACAACUUUCAACGAAGGCCAACCGAUUGGGCGAACUGUUGAGCGCCGCAAACGAGUUGUCGGUGAAGACAACGCAUACGAGAUGUCUGUGAUAUCCGUCGGUCGACCCAUCGAUAACUACAGCACAACUUUCAACGAGUUAGAGGCCAACCGAUUGGGCGAACUGUUGAGCGCCGCAAACGAGUUGUCGGUGCCGUCGAAAGUGCCUAAAAUCAUGCGAGAAGUGACGGACGUAAUGGAGGCCUGUAUUGGUUGGUCGGCA